AUGGGGGUUUGGAGUUGGGAGGAAGGAACACUGAGAGACGGCUGGGCGAGGCGAGCGUGGGGGAUGAGAUUAGGAAAGAGUGACUCGACUUUUGAGGCGCCUCAAGAGGCGAGAGUGGAGGAUGAGAUGAGGAAAGACCGACUCUUUGUCUCCAAGAGUAGAAAGAAUUUGCGGCAGAAAGAGCGAGAGAAAGAGAGAUGGAGGAGUGUGGGGGUUGAACGGCUGCUGGGGGACAUGGCACGCGGAGGGGACGACACUGCUGCUGCUGCUGCUGCUGCUUCUGCUGCCGUGGGUGAUGCUGAUGAUGGUGCUAGUAACGAGGAUGGGGAGGGGGAAGAGAUCGCUGAUAUCACAUCACCACAUGCUGUCGCUGCUGCUGCUGCUGCUGCUGCUGCUGCUGCUGCCACGUCUGCUGCUUCACCGCCGCUCGCACCAGCACUGCCCCCCCCACUUGUGCUCCGACCAGACAGCAUCCUCCCGCCCUGCAUGAGACAGCUCGUGUCCUUCCUUUUUCUCCUUCCCCUUCUCUCCCUCCACUCUCUCCUCUCCCUCUCCUCCCACCUCCUUUCUUCCCUCUCCCUCCUCCUCCCCCUUCCCCUCUCUCCAUUUUCUACUACCCCCCGUCACCCCAACCGCACCACUGCGCUCCCGCCGCGCACUCACGCCAAUCGCCGUUUCCGUUUCGACCACUCCUCUAUCCGCCGCUUUCCCUCUCCCGCCGCUUGCUCCUUGUUCGCCAUCGACUUUAUCAUCUACCGCUGCUUCUUGCUUCCCUCGCCCCGACUCCGCGGCAGCACCGGUUCGCGAGUGUGA